AAUACAUAAAACAUAGCAAUGUAAAACUAGGUUAUUAAACAUAAUAUUGGGUAACUUAAUUUCAUAAUGCUGUCUAGGGGUGACCAGAGAUAUCACAUCACGUUUUUUCGUCCGUUUGAACAACUCGUGAAGGAUGUUUGUAAUGUCAGGUGGUUUGACUGUGUCGAAUAAUGUGUCAAGCUCCGGCCUUUAGUGUUCAGAAAGACGAAACGUGAAUGGUUUUGUCCGUUACGUCAGACACUUCCUCUUCCUGUGUUUUUAAAGGGAGCAGUCAGACAACAAGACAUAAACACAAACAUGGUGUCUCUGAUCUGCACCUUACAAAGUCAUCGAGACGAUGUGAACUGCUGCGCGUUCUCGGGCUCUCUGCUGGCCACCUGCUCCGCUGAUAAGAGCAUCUGUGUUUACUCCGCACGAGACUUCAGCGAGCUGCCCUUCUCCCCGCUGUCCGGACACGGCUAUGGGGUCCACUGCUGCUGCUUCAGCGCCUGCGGGCAGUACCUGGCCUCCUGCUCCACCGAUGCCACCACCGUGGUGUGGUCGAUGGACUCCGGGGAGAUCGAGGCCGUCCUGGAGCAUCCGGGCCGGAGUCCGGUGAGGGUGUGCGCCUUCUCUCCAGACUCCUCUCACCUGGUGUCUGGAGGCUCCGACGGGACCAUCGCACUGUGGGACUUUACCUCCAGGACACUGCGCAGGACGGGCGCAGUGUCUGACACCAGUGUAGUGGCCUGCUCUUUCACUCCCUGCGGUCAGCUGUUCAUCACCGGCUCCACAUAUGGUGACCUGCGACUGUGGGACCUGAAUAUGAACCAUCUCCACGCGGAGAAGAACGCCCAUGACCUCGGGGUCUCCUGCUGUCAGUUUGCUCCCCAGAUAAUGAAGGGCACAGAUGGCUGUGUUCAGUAUCGGCUGGCCUCGUGUGGACAGGACAGUCUGUUGAAGAUCUGGAUUGUUUCUCUUUUGUCUUCUGCAGGCAUUAAGAUGCAGCUCGCUCACUCUCUGACGGGUCAGUCUGCUCCAGUUCUGUCCUGUGCGUACUCUGCUGAUGGACAGAUGUUGGUGUCAGGAUCGGUGGAUAAGACCGUGACUGUGUAUCAAGCCAACGACGGUAUUCUGCUCUACACACUUAACCAGCAUGAAAGGUAUGUGACGGCCUGUGCCUUUUCCCCCACGGCUCCUCUCAUCGCCACCGGCUCCAUGGACAAAACUGUCAAUAUCUGGAGGGUAGAGGACGGCUGCGGGGCUCAGGGCAAAUCUCUUUCUGAUGAAGCUGCUUCGGUGUCAAGCAUUGGAGGCAGGAAGUCGAGUGGACACUCCAGACUGAUGGUGAGCGAGUGGUCUGAGGAGGAUGUGUUGGCAUGGUUACGUGAGGAGGGGCUGGAGGCAGUGAUUGACGUGUUUUCAUCUAAUAACAUCGAUGGAGAGGAGCUGCUCUCUCUCACUAAGGAAACCCUCAGCUCCGAGCUGCACAUUGAGUCUCUGGGCCUGCGGAGUAAAGUCAUGAAGAAGAUCGAGGAGCUGAAAAUGGCCCCGGUCUCUAACGGCACUCCGGACGAGUACCUCUGUCCAAUCACACGUGAGAUCAUGAAGGACCCCGUGAUCGCUGCCGACGGCUACUCGUAUGAAAGGGAGGCCAUUGAGAGCUGGAUCAACACCAAGAGCCGCACCAGCCCAAUGACCAACCUACCCCUGCAGACCACACUUCUGACACCCAACCGCACGCUCAAAAUGGCCAUUCUACGAUGGACCACGUGUCAGUGAUUUCAGAUAAUAAUCAGCCCAGAACAGAAAACUCUCUUUGAGAUCAGACAUUAGCAUGCUGUACAUUUUUGUGCUUUAGCUUUUAACAUACUAAGCGAUGUCUCCGCUCUUGACUCGAGCUCCUGGGAGUGAUAAGGUGUUCCAUUAGAUGUGACGGAACAUGUCAGGCGAUCGUCCAUACGCAAAGGCAGACCGAAGAGUGUGGUCCAUAAUCCGGCUAAAACUACUAAAUGCAUCUCCAGCAUUACACAACAGAGUGUUGAGUGGCCUUAAACAUCAUAAUAAAUGUUUAUCUUCCCCUUUCUGCUCUAUAGCAGACAGUUUGCACGCGUAAAUAUACAGUUUCUAGCACAUAAUUAUGAUUACUCCUGCAACUGUUCUGUAUCUCUCUUAUCAUGACUCAGGUCAUGGUGAAUUUCCUCAAAUGAUUUAGUCAUUUCAUGGAUGAGCUAUUAAUCAUUUAAAGUGUCAUAUGAUGUUGCUCAUAUGAAAUAGUUUACAUGCUUAAAAUCAGGUAUACGUUUAUUAGUGGAUGAUCAUUGUAUCCAGUUUAGUAAGCUUCACUAUGUAACGUAUGACAGUAUGUAUAUGUCUGUACUGGUAAUCUGUAGACAGUCUGGACAUUUACGUACAGGAGCUGGUGGCUGGUUCAUGCUUGAUGAGAAUGAAAGCCAUGCAGAAAUAUAAUCAACCUGUUGUACAGUUGA